UCUGCAGGCAGCUCGAGGGCGAGGCCCCCGGCCCACAAAGUUGUCCAAGAGUCCGGGUGGCUCCUCCCUAGGGACCCUCCCCCUCUGGGGCGCGUCAUUCUCCCCACCCCCGGGCCCCGACCCCGGCGGCUCCUCGCGCGCCGGCCACGCCGGGGGACAAGUCUCGGCCACCUGCUCCGGAGCGGGGGAACCAGGGCGCCGUCCGCCCGCGAGUCGCUGCGAGCGCCCAGGGCCCCAUGGAGCUGCCGGCCCGCAACACCAGCUGCGAGAACGGUUCCCUGAUCAGCCUGUACUGCUCCUCCCAACAAGUCCUGUGCCAGAUCGUCGGUGACCUUAGCCCCAAGGUGCCCGGCAAUGUCACUUCCAGCAGCUGGCAGGAGAGGUUCAGGCAGAACUACAGCUUCUAUGUCGGCCUGGGACUGGCCAUCCUGUCCAGCUUCCUCGUCGGCAGCAGUGUCAUCCUCAAGAAGAAGGGCCUCCAGCGACUGGUGGCCUCGGGCGCCACACGGGCUGUGGACGGAGGCUACGGCUACCUGAAGGAUCCAAUGUGGUGGGCUGGAUUUCUCACCAUGGCUGCCGGAGAAGUUGCCAACUUCGGGGCCUACGCAUUUGCUCCUGCGACGGUCGUCACACCUCUGGGAGCACUGAGUAUCCUCAUAAGUGCCGUCCUUUCCUCGUAUUUCCUGGGAGAGAGUCUGAACCUGCUGGGGAAGCUGGGCUGUGUGAUCUGCGUAGCUGGCAGCACAGUGAUGGUGAUCCACGCCCCCAUGGAAGAGAAGAUCACCACGGUCGUGGAGAUGGCUGCCAAGAUGAAAGACACAGGGUACAUCGUGUUUGCUGUGCUUCUGCUGGUGUCCUGCCUCAUCCUCAUCUUCAUCAUCGCCCCACGUUACGGACAAAGGAAUAUUCUCAUCUACAUCGCCAUCUGCUCUGUGAUCGGGGCCUUCUCCGUGUCUGCCGUCAAGGGCCUGGGCAUCACCAUUAAGAACUUCUUCCAGGGGCUGCCAGUAGUGCGGCACCCUCUGCCCUACAUCCUGUCCCUCGUGCUGGCACUUUCGCUCAGCACGCAGGUCAAUUUCCUCAACAGGGCGCUGGACAUCUAUAAUACUUCCCUGGUGUUCCCCAUCUACUACGUGUUCUUCACCUCGGUGGUGGUGACCUCCUCCAUCGUCCUCUUCAAGGAGUGGUACAGCAUGUCGGCUGCGGACAUCGUGGGCACCCUCUCUGGCUUUGUCACCAUCAUUCUGGGUGUGUUCAUGCUUCACGCUUUCAAAGACCUGGACAUCAGCCAGACCAGUCUGCCCCACAUGCACAAAAACCCAACCCCCUCUCCUGCCCCAGAGCCCAGUGUCAUUAGACUCGAAGACAAGAACGUCCUUGUGGACAGCAUAGAACUCGCCAGCACCCCAUCACCAGAAGUGAAGCCCAAAGUAUUUAUAAUCCAUUCGUAAAGCUUGAUGUGAGCGCUGUGGUACAGCCUGGUUGCUCAGCUUCAGAGCCACCUGGUUGUUUUCAACACAGCUCUUACCAAUGGGCUUUCUUUUCUUGAGACGUUCAUUUAUACCUCAUCGCUGUUUCCGGGAGAAAAAUCCCUACCCAGUGAGCAGUGGUGGCAGAACUUCCAGGAAACACAGCCUCAGUGACCAAAUACCCUACUUUACAUUGGUGCCAGCAGGUCCCCUGGACCUCCCUUCCCACUUGUUUCCUUGGUGCCAUCUCCAUGUUGUUGGAAAGAAGAUAGGAUUUGACCCGCUGAAUGUAGCCCGAGCCAAGAACUGCCCUGAAAUGUUGGUCAUCAGGGAAUCCUUCACACUAGUUUGCCUCCUGAGGCUGACUCACCGUUCCUGAGCCCCAGGCUGAAGUGCAGCUGGCUCCCCAAGGCCCAGAGAGCCACUCGCCAUGCCUCCCAUCUGGAACUAACAGACACGCAACUAUUGUAAAAUGUCUUGUUGCUUUUGCCACCUCAUCUUCAGAGAUGGAAGCAAGACCUCAGCUGACCUUCUUACUGUGAAAGCCACCUGACGUCUCAGGGAAACACUUCCACCAGCACCAUUCUCGGAGCAGCCAGCCUGGAAAUCAGCAUCUGUUUCCAUCCACUCCUUCCCUCUCUAGAUACAUCCUAAGGAGUUAGUCAUGGAGACAUUCAGGCAGUUAUCUUAGGACUCAAAACAACACAAUAACAACAAAAGGUGCUUCCCAACCAAGCUCUGCUGGCCAAGCCCAGGGUUUCAUUUUGCCUCAUUCUCCAAAGAGAACAGCAACUGAACUGCUUUGAAAAGUAGCCUGGCUGUCAAGCAGAAUGCACUUUCCUUUUCCUCCAGGAGUAAACCAAAAUAUGACUUGGGGAGAUGGGAGAAAAGUAAGGAACAAAGUCAGGAUUUGGCAGAAAGCAGACACAGGCUCUCCGGAAACCAGGGGCUACCUUUUGUGUUUACUCUGUUGGCCAACCAAGAACCCCGGUGGAAAAGGCUCUGGGUAACUUCUGUGGGUUUGUUUGUUUGUUUUUGGAUGCACCAUGUGGCAUGCAGAGCUUUGUUCCCCAACCAGGGAUUGAACCCAUACCCCUGCAGUGGAAGCGCAGAGUCUUAACCACUGGACCACCAGGGAAGUCCCCUCUGGGUAGCUUCUGGGCUGGAGCCUUAGAGGCUUGGCCGGUGGGAUCAGCUUUGAAUUUCAGUGACCAAGUGGGGGUAUAAGCUUGGCAUAGGGUGCAUUCUGGCUGUUGACCUUACUGCCACCAAGUCCCCAACUCCACUGAUGAGCUGCCCACACUGGGAAGCGGCGUGUCACGACUGCUCCAACACCACCUGCUUUGGGGACUGCCUUUGGUCCCCUCACAUUUGGUCAGAGGCAGUCAAAAGAAACAAGAGCAGCCGGAAAGAGAAUUAACAUCCCCUUCCUUCCCAUCUUCUUUCCAGCAGCGAGAAUGUGAGGCUUGAUAUACGGACCAUUGAAAGGGAGGUAAGGGAGCCAGUAUAUCUGUAAAGAAGGGAGACCUGGCCCUCAGCCCACAAGCUGGUGCAAAGCCUUCCCUGUGUAAGUCCACACCCGUGCCUGUGUUUACAUCCCAUGCCCUAAGCAUAGCCAAGCCCAGGCCAAAACGCUUGCUGGCCUUGGAGCUCCAAUGAACAGACUGGCUUCCUGUACCUCCAGCCUCAAAGCCCGAGCUUUUAAUGAAUGUGGAUUUCUCUCUGUAACUAAAAUCAAUGCAACAUGUUGGAUCUUGAGAAUGGCCGUAAUCUGAGGGCCCUGAGAGCGUGGUCUGCAGGGUCAGGAAUAAAGACCUCUGCGUGUGUUUACUUGAUACUUACAUCUUGGCUUUCCUUGGACACAGGACACGUAAACUGGUUCCUCUUGUGCCGGGGGGCCCGUCCCUGAUCUCUGGAGAGUUGUGGCUGCCAAGGAAGUGCCUCCAGGGCUUUCUACAGCCACGCCUUCACUAGAGAAGGAAAGGCUACUUGGGAAAUAGAGUCAUUUGAAGACACCCAUCCCUCGUUAAUGCCUGAGCCCUUACGAGACGCCAACCACAGUGCUCAGAGCUUCACGUGAACACGUUAAGUCCUCACAAAUCCUCAAGGUAGAUCUAUCACUCAUGCCUUGAGUGACCCUAGACCUAUUUAAACUAGACCAGCCUGUGUCCAGGUGCAAAGACAAACAGCUCCCUCGACUGGUCAUGGGAAAACCCAGGGCUUUUCUGUGGCUCAAGCUCUUCCAUGGUGGCCAGACAGGCUGGACGGCCGGUCUCUGUGGGAACUCUUCUGAGGAGUCCUUCGUGAUGAAUCCUGUCCAGGCUGGCCAGUGUGACAUGAAAACAAACAAAAGAGUUGUCAAACCAGACAACGUUUCAAAUGACAAUUUAAUUAAAUACAAACAAGGAAAAAAGGCACCAUGGCCCAUUCAAGUAUUUUGCAUAGAUAUACAAAUAUUGUAAACAAUUAAUAGGUGGACGAGAGAAAAGAGGAUCUGUUUUCUGUGAACAAUCUCCCAGAUAAAAAGAAAAUUCACAUUGCCCUGGAUCCCAGACACAUACGUACGUACACACAGUGGAUGGUAAGAGAGGAUGCGUGGAAGGGUGACUCUGGGGGCACUUGGACUGGAUUUUGCAUAACCUCUCCUUUGCAAGGUUCCCUAUGGAUGGGUGGGGCACCUUUCCAGUUGGCAUACUCUUGGCUUUCUUGGGUGUCCAGCAGAGCUGUUAUACACACAUUUAACGCAGUUACUGACUUUAGAACUGAUUCUCAAUUUAAAACAUGCAAGUCUUCCAUACCCUCGGCCAAAUAAGAACAAAUUCUGACAUAGGUAAGGGGAGGCUUUGUUCAAAAGGACUACUGCAAGAGAUAGCAAGGGGCCACGGCCAUAGGGCGAUGGGGCUGCAACAUUACCAUCAGAUCUACAAUGAGACACCGUAAGAUCUGCAAGCGUCUCAGAGCAGGGGCAUAAAGGAGCUUUUCUUUUAUAGGGAGAAGUAAAUAAGGCUAAAAAUAACCUAUGGCAAGCAGGUAGUUACCACUGAGCCCAGUGCCUGGGCUAAAAUUCCCACUGUGGCAGGGAGAGAAGGUGCAGUCUCCCUUGAGGUCCCUUGAGGUUUACAUUUCAGAGAUACCUCCUAGGCUCUUAAGGAAAACACGUCUAGGGUUGGAAAACUGGUGGGAGGCUAAGUUAGCGUCUAAAAAGAUUUGCAUCGUCUCCAUCUGAACAGAAGACUGGUUAAGUCACUCCACCAAGGCUCCGUUAAGCUCCUCUCCUCCCCACCAGACCCUGAGCAUGGACACACCCUCAGCCAGAGCCAGCCUACAGCCCCUCCCCGAAGGGUGACCAGAAAGACGGUCCCUGAAUGCGGUUCUUUCCAGCCACGUUCACUUCCUCCUAUAAAAGGCCUCUUCCUUCUGAGCUAUGAGAUGCUGCCAGAUCUUGCAGCCACUUAGCUCACCUGCGCAUUCUCCUAAUGCAACCGCUCCCUGCCCCUAUCACAACACUCCCUUCCCCAAUCUUGCAGUAAUCCCUGAGAAUAAAGUCUCUCCUCCCCUAAGUCCAUAUCGGUUUUUGUCACCUCAAAGCAGCACAUGGACACAGGAGGGGAAAAGAGGGCCAUAAUAACCAGGCUUGCUCCUGGGCAGCCUCCCUGACCUGCCAGAAUGGUGACUCCUGGCUCCGUGAACACAGCCAGGAGUGAAACAGUAAGUAGAACCGCCUGCCAAAAGUCUUACCAAAUUUUAAAAAUUCAACCAUCUUCCAGUUCACAGUACAAUUUUUAUGGGAUGGAGGUGGUAUUAAAAUAAUGGAAAACAAAAACAAACCAAGGAAGCGACAACUCGGGUCUCUUUCUGGUGUGGUUCCAGGGAGGGUGGACUUCAGGUUCAAAAGACUCAUGCAGCCACAAUGGCUGUGGCAUCUUCACUUCAGAGCCUUCUACCUCCUGAUGUGGGGGAGAAAAGCCGGGCAUGCCACAGGAGCGUCGGCGGGGCACGGGUUGGGUUGAACGGUGAUUUUAGGGGGAGGUGUCUCCACUUUUAGUUUUCUGGGACCCAGCCUUGAGGCCUGGGGCAUCUAGAGUAGCACACUUAAAUGGAAGGCCGUGCCCUGACCUCAUCAGGCAGCGAGGACGGUGGACAUCGGCUAUGGGAGGCAACCAGGCCCCUUGUCGGCAAGACAGGGUGUGAAUAUCACCAAUAUCACAACUACCUGACUACCUGAGGGAAGAGAACUUCAUUUUCCUGAGCUCCUUCUAAAUCCACCCCAAGUGUCCCCGCAGGUGCACAGCCGAAAUCUCCCACUUGUCUACAAACCCAAGAACAUUGAUUGAGCACCUACUGUAUACAGAGAACUAUAAGGGGGCCCCAGGGUAGUGGUUGGGAGUGAAAACUCAAGCCUCUUCCUUGCACUGAGGUUUUCAAGAGCAAAUGUCUGUUCACUGCAGGAGGUGGGGAGGCCCCACGCUGCCCAGCACCUUUCUGGGGUGGGAGACAGUCCCAGAGAACAUCUCCAGCGACUCUCUGAAAAUCGUCCCACCUAGCAGAGCACCGCACAGCCCCCCUUCCCUGCUGCAGGGAGGGCAGGAGCAGAGGAAAGAACACAAGGAAGUGGAUGAAAAACCAUCUGGCUGGUCCCGCACAGACUCUGUUCCAUCCAGCCUGCUUCUCCAGGGAUCUCUAGAGACAGGUCUGCUCUCUGCUCAGAGGACAGCGGUCCUGCCUCAAGCCAGUGACCAGGUCUGGGGACAGGCUGGGGUUCCCAGGGUGUCCGCUCCCUUCCCUGCACCUACCACCAUCCCUGAGGACCUUCCUCAGAUUCAGGUCAGGGAGUCAGAGGAAGAUUCACACUCUGCUGAGGUCACAACACAGCAUGGAAAGUAAAGCUACGACCCCACAGCCAUGGCCCGAGUCUACCCCGGUCAACACCCUUGAGGACCAAAGUAGGAAAUCCCGUGGCCAACCCUCAGGCAGGACCCUGACGUACAGUCACAGCACCAGGUCCCAGGAAGUCGGGACUGCUGUGGAUUCACUCUCCACAGCACCACACGUUAGGGGGGUCUGAGCAGGGAAGGAGAAAUCAAAGGCGGGAGGCACUUGGAAAAUACAGAAGCGAAAACAGAGAGCGAGCGAGAACGAGGGCUAGCGGAGUCGCAACCUUUGGCCUGACGGCUCAGAGGGGGCCUGGCUGUGCUCCCCUGCUGUCUACACUGCCUACAAAUAGUACCUGCCUGAGUCAGAGUGACCUGUGGGAAUAAGGGGG